AUCAAUUGAUAGAGAUCAAGAGUAAAAUUUUUAGGUUAUAAAUUUUCAAAUACUGCGUCAUUUUCAGAGCAAAAAAAUGGACCAAAUUGGUUAAAACUCAUUUUCUGGGAGAUGUUUGACUGAUUUUAGAGUGGAAAUAUCGUCUUGACAAAAUGGCUGAACAUUAGUCCCUUGGAAUACAGCUAACAAUAUGUAUUUUGGCACAGAUAAUCACAGAUCAGCAAUUGACAACCAAGCUAUUGCCAAACCUAAAAAUCAAGUAGUCGAAGAAUUUCAAUGACGGGGACGAGUGCCUUUUCAAGACCACGACCCUAACUCUCUGCAGGCUUAGUUUCAAAGAUCCCCACCCCUAUGCCCUCCCUUCCCAAUGUUACUAACAUAACUUUGCACACUCUAUUAUUGUUUUAUCCAUCCGUUUUCAUGUUUUUAUACUUGCCUCCAUUUUUUUGGAACAAACUUAAAAUCUUAUCCGAUCCUUCGCACCCUUUUUCAUCUUUUUUUUUGUUUUUCAUUUACUACAAAGAUGUGGCCACAAUCCAUCAUUUCAGAACCGGUCUUUAUUUGUUAUAUCAAGUGUAACGUGCAAUUCGCAGAAAUCUUUCACUAAGCUAUGCCAGAUUGACCUUUUGCUAGUUUUGAUGGCAAGCCUUGACACUAGGAAAUGAACAAUCUAACAGACGAAAUGAGUGACUCAAAAGCGACUAAUCAACGGGAAAAUGUGGAGAACUUCGUCUUACUCUACAAUCUUUGCGCGUUUUUCAUCGUUCUUCCAAUGGCCCUGUUUUCACGAAUUGAUUUUGGUGCUUUGAUAAUCGUGAGAAGCUUCUGUGCUCGAAUUGUGUGGACUGCUCAAACUGCAGGGUGGUAUGGGUUGACCUCAUACAUGAUCUGGCAUCGAAAUCUUGUUCUUAAGUCUCAAAUUGUUGGGCUCGUGUUCAUUGAUGAGUUAAAUUGGCUAAAUGUCGGUUCAACGUUGUUUCACCCGGUCGAGAUCAUUCUCAUUAGAGUGUUCAGUACCUUGCAAUAUGUUUGUCUGUUGUUACAUUCAAAUCCCAUUCACAGACAUAUGCAUUUCUCCAUUUUGCAAGUGUUCAAGUUCCUAUCCCUCUUCAAUUUUGGGCAUCCUCAACAACGGCCGCACGAUCAACGAAACCACGCUCAAGUGAGGGAACACCAAGAACUUGAUCACUUGCCGCUGCUUGAUUUUCAAUUUGGAGCCAUCGAAAUUGGAGCCUAUGGUGAUGGAGGAUGGUUCUAAUACGCCCACCCAUCCAAGAUAGCAAGCGACAGAGAACCCGAAUUGCAGAAGAAAAGAUUUCCAUUUUGAGUGAGCGAGUGCGACACAUCUCAUUUCAAAAACUCGGUGACGAAGGAUGGAAGGAAGCCGAGCAGGAGACGAUGGGAUUGCAACGUUUCAUCCAGUCGAGGAGCCUUCUUUCUUCACUCUAUGAGACCCCCGUUGUAAUUCAGUCCAUCUUUUGAAAUGUUCCAUUGAGGGCUUAUCACGGAAAACUGCCACACUCACGAGGGAGACCGACUCGCAUGAACCCAGAAAAGAGGGGGGUUCCGGGAUCCAGUGAAUAAUUUACGGAGUAUUCAAUUCCAAUUGAAAUCCAUGUCUUCGACGAGCUUUCUUGUAGGGGGCGAGACCUCCAGUCGGGAAGGAUCUCUAACCCCGCAGGCAUUCGGAUCCAAGAUGUUUGAAGACAUCAGCGAUAAUGGCUUCGCUGAGGAUGAUGCCAUGGGGACAACCACUCAGCCCAAAACCAUGAUGGCCUCGCCUUCGGUGUUCAAAAGAGCUCACACCUGGGACAACGGCUUGGGCGAAUAUCAGCCUUCAUCCUUGCCCUCCAAUUAUGAGCUUCACAAUUUGACUAACGUUCGCUCCAGAUUGGUUCAGCCUCAAGUGAGGCGUCAUUAUAAGAAGGACAGCCGGUUCGUCCUCGACCUUUAUACUUUAACCUUCGACGAGAAUGAGACAGUGGACGAAAUUGAAAUGUGUAAAACUUUACCCGUGUCCGAUGUUGGGGAGCAGUUCCUCUCGCUUGCACCUUCGUCAAUAUCCAUUACAGAUUCUCCCUCAAGUGGUCCCAUGUCCUUGGGAUCCAACUGUGCCAGCCUCCAGUGUUCAGGAGGAAGCGCUCAAGGUCCACGACCCAAUGCAUUGCCCUCGUUGGAAACAAACUUGCAUAAGAUUCUGGCGAGGAAAAUCCAGGACUCGGAGGAUGUGUCUUUCAGAAAAGCCAAACUUUUGACCAAGGCCUACUACAAGCUACUUCGGGAUUCGUCGUUCCCCAUCAUGGAUCCACAACUUCAGGUCGAACAGCAACAGCAAUUGGAAAAAGCCAGCUCAAAACGCAUUGGGGCGGAUCGGCUAUCCUGGCAGACUUUGUUAAGUACGGACCCCGUUGAAUUGAAACGCAUUGUCAUGGGUUUGACAAAUACUGUGAAGGCUCUCAACGAGUUUCUCAUGGACCUGCUUGAAGAGCGCGAUGACCUCUUGAGCAAACAAGAUUCCAUGCUAGAGGACAUAAGUGAACUAACGGACAACCUCUUGUGAUUUGAAAAUUCGAUCCCAAAGAAAAGAAAGUAUUAAGUCUAUUUUCGUCGUGUUUGAAAAUACACCUUUUGUCAAUACAUAAUUUACGGCCUC